UCACCAUUCACCCUCACGACGCAGUGACCACACUCAACAGACACUGCUAUAGUUAGUUGCGGCUCAAAGAGUAAGAUGGAGAUUUCGUUGAGUAACGUUGCGUUCAAUGCGAGCACUUGGGAUAUCAAACGCGCUGUGGGGAAAGUGUUGCACAGCGAGGAGUUCUUCAAUCCUACGGAUCCUAAGGAUCGUCCUGCGAAUUUCAUGGUCACGCUCAAGCCAGGCCGCGGUGGCGUAGAAAAUAAUGGAACAGGAACAAUGACAGUUGGUUCUCGAAGAAUUGGCGACAAAUUCCUGAAGUGGAUACGUACCGAAGGCAACUCUAUUCAUGUAAAUGGUUCCAAGAUACGUUUCUACCGAAGCCACGACAUGCCUGAGAAGCGGAAGAUCCACGAACUGGAGAAAGUCCCAUACGUCAGCCCGGAUGUGGAGGAAGAGAAGGAAGAGAUCUUGCGAAAGCUCGAUGUCAGCUUAUACGUUGACAAGAUCCAGUUUGGCAUAUUCUAUCGACAGCCUGGAUCACCAUCGACUGCUUCUCGAGCCUUCUCUUGCGAGUUUGGAAUCAGUCACAAAAAUAAAGGCGCUGGGUUGCUUUGGUUCGAGUACGACCACAAGCUAAUCCGUAUUCAAAUGGGAGAUACUAUGACCGAAGAGACCGCGCAUAACAUUGCCAUCACAUUUGUUAAUAUUCGUAAACUCGCCGUCGGCCUGGACUUUGGCAACCCUUUCAUCUGUUUUGAUAUAUUCACUCCACCCAUGUUGGAGAAACAACGCAUCAACCGAGAGCUCACUGGUGACGACUGGAGAGAUAAUCGGAAGUUUCGACAAAGGCUCAGUAGUUUGACUGAUGCGCAUGCGGUCGUGGCACCAUAUGCUCACCAGCUUCGUGUUAUCCUCCAUGAGGAGCAGGACGUCCGUUGCUUUGCAGAGCUAUGCAAAGUUGCGGGUCUUCAGCCUCCUGUCUGGGCUAACGUCGAAGCCAACAACUGUGGGUUCUUCCACCCGAAAAAGCUCUACGACAUCAAAGUAUGGGUGCGCUUUUUUGACUGGCCCGUUGCCUUCCAGCUUGAGGCUCUUCUUCAUAAUGGCUUGUUGACUACUGAAGAUCUGCUCGGUGUCCUGCGUAGGCCCAUUGAUGACCUCUACGACAAGCAGCGCCUGCAGGCUGGCGAGAUUCUUCGCCUCUACUUCGCGGAGCUACGUUCUCGUAAGCCUGGGGAAACUCCUAUGCAGUGCUUUAAUCGUAUUCGAAACGAAAACGUGGAAUCUACGCCCCUCCCUCCUGGCAACUUCGCUUGUCAUCAUAUCACGUUCACUCCAACGCGGAUGAUACUGGAAGGCCCUUACGUGAUACAAUCUAAUCGUGUCAUUCGCCGGUACCCGGACCAUCAAGAGCACUUCAUACGAGUAGAGUUCAGAGAUGAAGAUCGAUUGCAGUAUCGUUGGGCGCGUGAGGUUGACGGGCUGUCUCUGCUCGAGGAGCGCGUAGGUGGAGUCCUCAAGAAUGGCUUUGAACUCGCGGGACGUGAGUUUGAGUUCCUUGCUUACUCCUCCUCGGCGCUGCGCGAGCAUUCGGUCUGGUUCAUGAAUCCCUUCCACCAUCCCACCGAAGGCCAUGUCACCUCCCAGAGAAUCAGAGAUAGCCUGGGUGACUUCUCGGGCGUAAUUAGACAACCGUCAAAAUAUGCAGCUCGCAUAGCACAGGCCUUCACGGCCACCGACCCGUCGGUCUCGAUCACGAAGGAUCAGUGGGAAGAGAUGGAUGAUCUGGGGCACGGAGAUUACCUGUUCACUGAUGGCGUUGGUACGAUAUCGGUGCAAUUAGGUGAUAUGAUUUGGGAGGCACUAUGCAAUGCCAGACCAGAAUCGAGGCAAAGAGGUCUCAAACCAUCUGCCUAUCAGAUACGUUUCCUUGGUUAUAAGGGUAUGGUAGUCAUCGAUGCGCGACUAGACGGUGUUAAGAUGAGACUGAGGCCAUCUAUGAACAAGUUCAAGGCCCAUAACGAGGACCUGGCAGAGAUUGAGAUUGCCCGAGCAUUUGAGCGACCGGGAAAGUGCUAUCUGAACCGUCCAUUAGUCAUGAUUCUGGAGGACCGCGGCGUCGAUAAAAAGGCCUUUUUGAACCUACAGGAGACUGCCAAGACGGCUGUUUACACAGCCACGGAUUCCAUCGCAAAUGCCGUCAACUUUCUCAGAGGCCAUCAGCUGGGCACAGCGUUCCGCCUUCCUUACAUAUUGGAGUCUCUAAAGAAGCUUGGCAUGGGCUUUGGGAUCGAACAUGCAGAACGCACGAUCGACAACCCUUUUAUUGACCGGUUGAUCCACUACUCGAAAAACCACGUUUUGCGCGACAUCAGGCAUGGAGCGCGUAUUCUCAUCCCGGAUAGUUAUUUGCUCGUUGGCGUCGCUGAUGAAGGACCUGCCUACCAACAAGAGGGUGUCGAGAAUGUCUUCUGUCUGAGUCGAGGCCAGAUUUAUGCGUGCAUACAAGAUCCAGAUGAUGAGGCUCCCAGGUACCUCAAAGGUGCUAUGAUCAUCGAGCGAAGUCCAGUGGUCCAUCCAGGAGAUGUUCAACGAGUCACUGCUAUUGGUGAACCUCCAGCCGACAAAGUCUGUUUCUUCCGUAACCUGAAGAACGUCGUUGUGCUGCCAUCAGUCGGUGACCGUUCGUUGGCGUCCUGUCUCGGAGGUGGCGAUUUAGAUGGAGAUCUCUUUUCUGUCAUUAAGUACGGUGCGCUACUCCCGCCAGAACAUGAAGAACCAGCAGAGUAUCCUCCGGGCGAGAAGAACGAGCUCGACCGCGAUAGUACAAUAGAGGACAUAUGUGACUUCGUCGUUGAAUAUUUCAACUCUGAUGUCCUCGGUCUAUUGUCCGACAGGCAUCUCGUAAUAGCAGACCAAUCGAAGAAUGGGACGCGUGAUAAGAAGUGUCUGAAGCUCGCUCAACUCUGCAGUCAAGCAGUGGAUUAUCCCAAAAACGGAGUGCCCGUGGACAUCCAUGACUUGCCUCGAUAUCUGAUCCCUUACAAACCUGACUGGCAUAUGGCUGAAGAUGUGAAUCCACUUCAUACAGAGUUCUACAAUUCGACCCGUGCACUCGGAGAACUGUACCGAAACAUACAAAUUGUGAACCCGACGGCGUCGUCACAAGCGGGCCCCGCGACCAACGGAGGCUCAUCCAAAGUAAAGCCACUGUCAGAUGCCAUCUCAGCGGCCUUAAAGCCCUCCAUUGAAUACCAGCUGCAUCACUCUCGCAGUGAGGACCGUUACGUUGCGGACAUGUCCAAGCUCUUCCAGAAGUACGCGGAUGAGCUGCGCUAUAUUUGUAUGACUCACACACUCUCCGACGCGCCGGACGUGCGGCUGGUCGAGGAAGAGGUAGUGGUCGGAACGAUCAUGGCGAAAUGUUCGCAGAAACGUUGGCGGCAAGAUCGUAUGCAGCGGAUGCGUUUGCACUCGUCGACGCUUGUCAAGCAUGUCAAACUGCAGCUGUUCAAUCCAACGCAACCUUGUUCACGUAGUGACCUAACUUACGCUCUGUCGCAAGCUUGGCUUGCAUGGGACUUCAGCUCGCGGAACAAGACGGUUUUUGGAGCUAACAGCUUCGGUUUGAUCGCUUUGGAAGUGGUAUUUGAUAUACUUGACAAACUCACUGUAACGCCUCUGUAGAUUCUUUUGAUCCAUGUAAUCCCCGACGGUUCGCAAUUAGGUUGUAGUCUACUCGGGAUUGGCUGAAGAACAAGGAACAGAGGUGUCCCAGGGAUCUUUCUUCGAUGUACUGCGCAGUCAAAUGGAUUUGUAUGUACUCUAGGGUGCAUGAAGGGAACGGGUCACUUCCACAAGGCAUGUACUAUCGACGUGAUACAGCCUGAGGAUCAGUCCAUCUGCCC